AAAGCUCAUAAUCACUUUUAAAAAUAUAUAACAUACUAAAUUAUUUAAAAAUGUAUCUGUCGGGAGCAGCCGCAGCAAUCAACUUAAUAUCAAUUUAAAAUCAUUUAUUGUUUGCCAUUUGGUCAGCAUCUCUGACAACAACAAUGUAAACAAAAGCUCCCAAUUAUCUAUUUUGCAAAAGAUAAGCCGAGAUAAGCGACUGCGCUCGCUGUUCUCUCGGACCUACGCACUCUCAACAUUAACAUUCGCUUUUGAUCGCUGGUACAGAGCAGCUCGUUCGCUCUCGCUACCACAAUAAACACAUUGAAAAUCGAACCACAUUCUCGGCUUUCCUUUUAACACCGUUCUGACACACGCAUAAUUCUCUCUCGUCAAUCAUUCGCAAAAAAGGUGGCAUAAAUUAAUGCCUCCUCUGAACAUUUGGUGACCCCGACGUGAUCGUGAACGUGUGUUAAAGUUAAGCAAUUAUUAAAUAUCGUUUUAAUAAUUCUACGCGCCCUUUGCAUGUGUCGCUGCAGGGCCAUACACACACAAACUCUUUUCGCAUCGCUUCGCCCGGUAUUCGUACAUACCGUCAUACAUACAUACAUACAUUGUACAGUUAGAAUCGGCUGCUGUACAGUUUGAAUUUUUCUGCAUUACGGAAGGUGUUACGCAACUUCGCUCGCCAGGCAGAGGUCGCUGCCCGUUGUUUUCGGCUCCUUCAUUACCCUCAAAUUCGUUCUUUGGUUUUCGCUGGCCCAAGUGCAGGUGCAGCGGAAAUUUCGUGUGGUGGCUUUCGUAUACCCUACAAGCGGCAAAUAAAAAUUAAAAAUGCCAGCCAAGCAUACGAAAAAACCUGAGCUCGCGCCUCACGCACCAAACGGCGAGGAGUUUUACCGGGCUAAGGCAGAUUCUAUGGUACGCCAGCUGGCGGCCCUAAAUUCUUUUUUGACAGAGGAGCAGUUGGCCAAGUUCGACGAAAGCGAGUUGCAGGUGCGGUUGGACCUAAUCGAGCGCAUGUACUCUGACUUCGACAGCUCUCGACUUAACCUCGAACAACUUGUGCUUGAGGAGUUGGAGUCAGAUGCGCGCUUAACCUUUACCACGGCAUAUUGUGAGACGAAAGGAAAAAUCUGCCGCCAUCUCAACAGCGAGAAGAGAAAGUCAUUGGCAAAUUCAACUGAGUUGCAUGGCAUCAUCGGUGGACACGCAGCCGCCUUCAAGUGCAAUUCGCGGCCCACCAGGCUACCGGAAUUUCAGCUUCCGCGAUUUGGCGGAGCAUACAUCGAUUGGCCGGAUUUCUACGCCAUGUUCAACACUGUGGUGGGAAAGAACGAAGAUCUAACAAAAGUGGAAAAGUUUCAGCAUCUUCGCGCAUGUUUAGACGGCAUUGCACUGGACGCAAUUCGCUCGCUGGAGCCCACGGAAAAUAAUUACGACAGGGCUUUGGAAUUGUUAACGUCGAGAUUCGAUAAUAAAUUAUUGCACUUUCAGGCACAUGUUCGGUCUUUAUUCAAGCUACCCGGAGUGGAGAAGGGCUCCGCAAGUAGUCUGCGGCAGUUAAGCGACAAGGCAAAUUCUCAUUUGCGCGCCCUGGCUACUAUGGCCUCUACACAGGAAAUAUAUGACGGCCUCUUAAUUCAUCUCAUCGCUUCAAAACUGGACGUUCAGACCCAGGAGAGGUGGGAAGAAGGAUUACCUUCCAAGGAGCUGCCAAGUUGGGAUAAAUUCUCAUCGUUCUUGGACCUUAGAUGCCGCAUGAUGGAAAAUUUGGAAUACGCUAUGGUAAACCAAGCACCUAGCAAGCAGGUUGGAAAAGUAGCCAACAGAUUCUGUCGUAGCACCCUCAUUGCUUCAUCAUCAGCUAUGCCAUCAUGUACCUUGUGCGAGUCUAGGGAACAUUAUCUGACAAAAUGCCCACAGUUCUUAGGAUUGAACCCCAAUCAGCGGUAUAGAGAGUCCAAAAGGCUACAUCUUUGUCUCAAUUGCCUACGAAAGGGACACAGCCUACAGCAAUGCAAGUCUGGCAACUGUAGACACUGCCACCAGAGGCAUCAUAGUCUUCUUCAUUUGGAAACAAAUCCCGUUCCAACCCUGGCCCAGCCUGUUCCAGAAAUACUUCCGCAAGGAUCAUCUCACGUCUCUGUAGCCUUGUCCAAAACGCCGCCGUUAGCUUCAUUGUCGCCUAGAACCGAAUACGUCUUGCUUGCCACCGCCAUAGUCUACGUGAAAAAUCGCUCUGGCGUGUUCGUGCCAUGCAGGGCCUUGCUCGAUUCGGCUUCGCAAAUCAAUUUCGUCACAUCUCGUUUCGCCAAUCAGCUUCAGCUCAAAAUCCAUCGUUCAGUCAUCUCCAUAUCAGGAAUCGGUGAAUCCUCGCUCGCUUCGGAUAAAUCGGUUCAUAUUUUCGCUCAGUCGAGCAACGCAAAGUAUAGCACUUCGCUCUCUGCUGCUGUCACCCAAUCAAUCACCGAUUACCACCCGCAUUUCGAUCUCAACGCGUCUGAAUGGAAAAUACCGGAAAAUCUCGAGCUCGCCGACCCGCUCUUCUACAAAAGUCAACGCAUCGACUUGCUUAUUGGAGCAAGCAUAUUCUUCGAUUUACUUUGUAUUGGACAAAUUCGAUUAGGCAGCAACUUACCCACUCUGCAGAAAACCAGACUUGGCUGGAUCGUCUCAGGGGGUCUAUCGGUAGGAUCUUCCAUUCGCUCAUCGUUAGUUUCUUUAUCUCAAGAGCCCAGCACUCAGUCGGAGUCGGAAUCGAUCUCUGAGAUACUAAAGAGAUUUUGGGAAAUAGACAACUGCACAGAUUCCACAAAAACCAUUUCGAAAGAAGAAGCUCUAUGCGAGCAGCUAUUUCAGCAGGAAUACACUCGGCUUGAAUCUGGCCAAUAUUCGGUACUACUUCCUGCCAAAACUAGUUUCGAUGCUCUAGGAGAUUCGUAUGAUCGUGCACUUAUUCGUUUUAAAUCACUCGAGACCAAAUUAGCUAGAAAUUUAGAGCUAAAGUUGCAGUAUAAAGCCUUUAUAGAGGAGUACCUGAACCUUGGUCACAUGUCUCUAACAACUAAAAAUGCUGCGCCUCAUCAGUAUUACCUACCUCACCACUGCGUCCAAAAAUUGGAAAGUACAACAACAAAACUGCGAGUUGUUUUCGACGGCUCGGCGAAGUCCACUUCGGGAUAUUCGUUGAACGAUUUGUUGUACGCUGGUCCUUCUAUUCAACCAAAAAUCUUCACUACCCUGCUUCGUUUUCGAUUUUUCAAGGUUGCCUUGUGUGGAGAUAUUUGCAAAAUGUAUCGCUGCGUUCGGGUUACGCAUCCCCAUCAGUUUCUGCAAUGUAUUCUAUGGCGCGAUCGGCCAGAAGACGAGAUUCAAGUUUACUCGCUUGACACCGUAACGUAUGGCACGAAGCCUGCUGCCUUUUUGGCAAUUCGUGCAAUGCAGCAGCUAUCCUACGAUGAAGAAGCGGAAUUUCCAGUAGCAGCUAAAAUCAUACGCACAAACUUCUACGUGGAUGAUCUAAUCGCAGGAGGAGACACCAUUGAGGAGGUAGUUGAAAUUCGUCAACAAAUCAAGGCGCUCCUGGAAAAAGGACACUUUCCAAUUCGCAAAUGGUGUUCUAACGAACCUGCUGCGCUAGAAGGAGUGGAUGACUCGGAUCGGGAGAAAGCUUUAAAGUUCCACGACGGAACCGACGUUACAAAGGCGUUAGGGUUAUCUUGGGACACGCUAUCGGAUAGCUUACUUUUCAGCUUCUCAAACGAAUGGACAGAGAGGCCCUCAACCAAGCGCAGCAUCCUGUCUGCUAUCGCUAAGUUUUACGAUCCCCUUGGACUAAUAGCCCCAAUCAUAACCAAGCUUAAAAUUUUCAUGCAGAUCUUAUGGAAGGAUAAGCUCGACUGGGAUGAAUCCCUGCCGCAAUCUUUGCAUUCCGCUUGGUUGGAGCACAUGUCGCAGAUCGCCACAGUUGCUUGUUUGAGGUUUCCACGCUUUGUUCUGCAGCAUAACUCAUCGUGCGAAAUACAUGGAUUUUGCGAUGCAAGCAUGGCAGCUUACGGAGCUUGCAUCUAUGUUCGAUCAGAGAACCAAGGUAUCGUUUCGUCGAACCUACUUUGCUCGAAAUCAAGAGUCGCACCCUUGAAGACCCUCACGAUUCCGAAGCUAGAGUUAUCUGCAGCUCUUUUACUCUCUGAGCUUGUCUCUCAAGUGGCACAAAUCGCACCUCGAUCUUGCACCUUUCACUGUUGGUCAGAUUCGACAAUAGUCUUGGCUUGGAUCCGACAACCUCCAUCAGAUUUUAACAUUUUCGUUUCGAACAGGAUUUCGCAGAUACAGGAAAGAACUAAGGGAAUGACUUGGAGGCACGUACCGUCACGGCAGAACCCGGCGGACAUCUUAUCUCGUGGAUGUACCCCUAUUGAGCUGAUGGAAUCAAAACUUUGGAGUGAAGGACCGCAGUUCGUACUCACUGAUUCUUCUACAUGGCCCGAUGACUCGCCCCCUGUCAAGGAACUUCCUGAGCGUCGACGCAGCGCAUUGGUGCUGUCGCAGGAAAUGGACAUCUCACACAGUUGCAAGUUUGGAAACUCGUUUUGGAGAAUGCAGAGAGUCUUCGGAUAUAUAUAUCGGUUCCUUCAAAGGGUCAGCAAGGAUCGAGUACGGCAUAAAGGAGAGCUUACAGUCGAGGAAAUCAAAGGUGGGACUCAUCUACUUAUUAAAGGAAUUCAGCGCGUGCACUUUGCCGAGGAUCACAAAGCAUUAACCUUGAAGAUGAAGCUGUCGCCGAGAAGUAAACUUCUGUCCUUAAACCCAUUUAUAGAUGCAGGAGGUCUAAUGCGCGUCGGCGGACGCCUUCAAAAUUCGCAGCUGGAUUUCGAUGCCAAGCACCCUAUGAUUCUUCCCAAGUCUCAUCAUAUAACCUCAGCUAUCAUUGAUCAUUUUCAUCGCAAGUUCCUUCAUGCAGGAGCGCAGAGCUUGUUAGCCGCUUUACGACAGAGAUUCUGGCCCAUUGGAGGGCGAAAAACGGUUUCUGCUGUCAUCAACAAGUGCAUUCAAUGUUUCAGAUUAAAGCCCAAGCUAGUAGAACACAUCAUGGCGCCGCUCCCGGAGGACCGAGUGCAGCCGAAUCGCCCAUUCGUCAUCUCUGGAGUGGACUUUUGUGGCCCCUUUUAUUCGAAGUCAGAGGUCAGAAACAGGCCCCCUACGAAGUGCUACAUAGCCAUAUUCGUUUGCUUCGUCAGCAAGGCCACACACUUGGAAGUCGUCGAAGACCUUUCAACGCAAUCGUUCAUAGCAGCCCUGAAGCGAUUUAUAAGUCUGAGGGGAAAACCUCAAACUAUUUGGUCAGACAACGCAACGAACUUCGUGGGAGCCAAAAACGAGCUAAUUGAGCUUCGGCAGCUGUUUCUGAGCGAUCCUCAAAACAUGGAGCUAUGGAAUUCCCUUACGUCGAUGGAGAUCCGCUGGAAUUUCAUCCCACCUCGUUCUCCGCACUUCGGUGGCCUGUGGGAAGCCGCGGUCAAAUCCGCAAAAUAUCACCUCAAAACCCAGAUGACAUUAGUGUUCUUACUCCUGCACACUUUCUCAUUGGAUCUACAUUCACUGCAAUGGAUGAGCCUGAUGUCACCCAUCUGAACAUCGAUCGCUUGAGCCGGUGGCAGCGCGUAUGCCAAAUGCAGCAAACCUUCUGGCGCAAAUGGAGCGCCGACUACCUUUCGCUGCUGCAGGAGCGGACUAAAUGG